UAUCGCAAGCAGCUUGGCCACCACAUUGGAGCCCGCAACAUAGAGGACGAUCCCAAGAUGAUGUGGUCGAUGCACGUAGCCAAGAUCCAGAGUGACAGGGAGUACAAGAAAGCCUUUGAGAAGACCAAGACGCACUUCAGCAGCCCCGUGGACAUGCUGGGAAUCGUGUUGGCCAAGAAAUGUCAGGAGCUGGUCAGCGAUGUUGAUUACCGCCACUAUCUGCAUCAGUGGAUCUGCCUGCCGGACCAGAACGAUGUUAUCCAUGCUAAGAAGGCCUAUGACCUGCAGAGUGAUAAUUUCUACAAGUCAGACCUUGAGUGGAUGCGUGGCAUUGGUUGGGUCCCCAUUGGUUCCUUGGAUAUUGAAAAAGCCAAGAGGGCAGGACAGAUCUUGAGUGAUAAAGUGUACCGUCAGCCUCCAGACACCAUCAAGUUUACGAGUGUUACUGAUUCUCUGGAGAUGAACUUAGCUAAGCAUAAUGCAGAGAUGAUGAAUAAGGUGAGUCCUAAUUCAAUUCAGCAACAUAUUGGCAUUCUCCUGCUAACCCUUGGAGACAGAAGACUAGAAAUAACGUGA